AUGGAAUCAUAUUGGAACGAGAAUGGAAAAAGAGUUCGACAACUUGACUGGCCAAGUCAGAAACGAGCAAGAAUUUGCUGUCAUGACGCCGAAAUGGAAGACCCUCAGCGUUCUUAUAUGAGGAUCAGAAAAACACAAAUCCAAAAUAUGCUUGAGCGGCAAAUGAGCUUGUAUAAAAUGCAAGAAAGAAGCUAUAGCACCUGCUAUAGGCCAUGUGAAUUAGAAUAA